AUCAGAUACAAGAGAUCCUAUAAAUCACUUUCUUCUCAUAUCUCGGCACCUAUAUUCCCAGAGACCUACCCUUCAAUAGAACCCAAAAAUGGCAGCUUCCAUCGCCCCCGAAUGCAACGAUAUCAAAGAAAAAUACGACACCUGUUUCUUAAAAUGGUACAGUGAGAAAUACCUUCGCGGCAACACCACCUCGAAUGACUGCGAGGAGCUCUUCACAAAGUACAAGACCUGUCUGAACGUCGUGCUUAAGGAAAAAGGCAUCGAUUCGAUGCUGGAAGAUGCCCGGAAGAGCACGACCAAGGAGAUUGACGCAGAGACGCUUCGUCGGGGCUGAGAGCAUCAUCUCCUGCUCGUGAGCUUGGGAACUUACUUGAUCGAUUCUUCUUUGUGGAGCAGUUUACUCUGCGCUCUAUUUUCUUUUGUGCGCCAAAGGCUGGCGUUAUUGAGGAGUUUGCUCUUGGCAUAUCUUCCUCUCUCUCCCUCUCAGGCUGGUUCUAGAACAGGGGUGCUUAAUCCCAAAGAGCACACCACUGAGUCCAGUGGGACGCAUAAUCCCUCGCCUACCGCCUUCGAACAUCUCAUCUCGUUUGGACUUUACUGCUUUAUCUGGCAUGGUUCAGGGACUUAUCGUGGUCCCUUUCUCGGAGAAAUAGAGCGUCUACUUAUGUGUAUUAUAUGUUGGUUGUGACUACCGCUAUGUGUGAUAUGACCUAGAGAGC